AAGAAAGCGAGCGAAAAAUUUAUGUGGAACCUGGAUUGCAUUUUGUGUUAGGACCGAGAUACACUGCUGCUGUAAGCAGUUGUGGAUCAUGGAAAAAUGAAAGCUUCCUUUACCUUCCCACCCGUACCUGUCUUCGAUGUUCAGAAGGAAGGAUGUACAAUUACUGUGAGUUUAACGUGCACGACAUGAACAUCUGGCUUUUGCAUUAUGUGUCUUUGGCCUGCAGGCCUUUGACCAACAACGCAGAGCUGUGUUCAAGGGAACCGUUGACAGGAAAUGAGAGGAACCACUAAACCGGCAAAUAUAUCGGAGUUCACCUUUUGGUCUCAUUUUACAUCGUAAAAACACUUCGUCGUUAAAGCGCUGAAUUACCUCUACAAGUGGGAACCAAACGACAACAUGUUCUCUUUGAUGAUGUCGUCUGACCACAUUGACAUUUCUGCACCGACAGUCAGUCAGGAAAUGCUAAUGUCAUCCAUCUGCCACUGAGAAACAAAAGAAGCAUCCAAACUGAGAACCUUCAUUGUGCAACAAGAUAAUGACCUAAAACAAAAUCACAAAGGAGGAUGAUGUUGAAGAUUUUAGAUUGGCCAAGACCGGCAGCUGACUUAAACCCUAUUGAGCACGCAUGUGUAGGUUAGUCUCCAAAAUGGCUGCCAUCCUCUUCAACCCAAAGUACAAACGAGUUCAGGACACAUGAUUGUAAUAAAUAAUGUUUGUGGUUAAAGUGAACGUGAUAGCAAACACAAAAUUUAGUUUGCUUCAGAUGACACACUUUUGUAUUGUCCCUUUGUCAUAGUCCCUCACGUACUCAUUGUUUUUAGUAAAGCUUUUUAAACUUGAUAUGAAUACGCUGAUUUGUGUGUGAUUAAUUAUUUUCCUUUGCACAAAUUCUGUUUCUGAAGCAGACCUUCACAAUGCCAGGCUGAUUUAAGUUUUUUGGGGGUUUUGCUCCAAGUUGAUUCGUUGAUAUAUUGAAAUCGUUAGCAAUGUGCGCUAUUCAAAGUGUCAGUCUCAAACGUGACGCAGAAACUAGAUAGCAAGUCUUGUACAGAAGAGCGUUCACUGAGAAGAGCCGGCUUGGGUUGACACUUGAAACGGCCAAUGCCAUGUCUGAGAAAUUGUCCCCUCCUCUUUUGUGUUCUACGUUUCAAGUCAUUAAACUUUUGAAGCUCUGUGGAGAAACUGCUGCACUUGUGGAACAACAAGAUGCGGAUGACACUUCAUCUGCUGCUCCUGCUGAUCCCGUUUGGAGGAUACACGGCUCAGCCCACCUUCACAACAGAGACCAAAAAUGUUGGACAAAGUGUCUCUCUUGAAUGUGUCCGCAACCCCUCUGAAAUUGAGGAUUAUCUUGCUUGGAUUCGAUUUGCUUCUGGAAGCUUUCCAGAAAUCUUAGGUCAGAUGCCAUCCUUUGAUAUGGCAGAACCCAAAACUGGGACAUCAAAGAGUGGACGUCAUAUAACAGUCAAGCAAGAGCCAGGGAAGUUUGUUCUGCAAAUUAGUCGGGUGCAAAAAAGCGACACGGCGCUCUACUACUGUUUCAAAUGGACAGCAUGGUAUCAUAAAAUGACAUUUUUGAAUGGAACAUUUCUACUGGUCAAAGACCACCCAGAAGCAGAGACAGCCGUCACUGCUGUCACUCAUGACUUGCAGUUCAACGAGAGCCGAUCGCGGUGCUCGGUUUUCUCUCGCUCUGGUAAUAAAACGUGUGAGGAUGGACACAACGUUUAUUGGCUCAGAGCUGGACCAGAAGAUUCAAAUCCCAACUUAAUUUACGCUCAUGACGAAUGUGAAAAAGUUGCAAAUGGCUCCAUGCAGAAAUGCGUUCAAGCUUCCCCAAACAACGCCGACGCCGGAACGUACUCUUGUGCUGUGGCCACAUGUGGGCACAUUUUUAUGGCCAAAGCAACAAAAGUCAUCAUUACAGAUGGCAGCAAAUAUGAUACACCAAGGUCUGUCAUCUUUGUCUUGGGUUCUGCUUUGGCCUUAACCUGGAUCAUAUCAGCCUUCCUCAUAUGUAAGAUCAAGACAAAAGGCUGUUUUUACUGCAAAGCUUGUCGGCAAACUCGUGAAGAAUCGUGCAGUGGUGUGCAGCAGAGAACCGAGGACACUUUGGUUUAUUCCGCUCCGACCAUCGUCACCAGGACAAGUGGCAAAGCCAGCCAAACGAGAGGGAGACAAAAUGAGGAUUUUAGCAUGUAUACGGACGUCUGCCUCCGCAAAACCUAACGAGAUCAAAUUAAUUUAAAGUUUGUAUUAAGAUCUUUCACAUUUCAAAAGUACUGCAAAACUUUACAGUGCAAGGAACCAUAUUUGGCAUAAUGGGACUAAAAUAACACUGUUCAACCUCCGUCAAUCAAAAUAGAAUGAUUGCAGUGAUUUUUAAGAAAAUAAAUUGCUUCAUCAAUGACAAAAAAACUGUAUUACAAUGGUAGUGAGAUUGCACAGGAUUAGAAGAUCUGAAAAAUGGACUCGAACUAUUUUUUGAAGUACCACAUUCAUUUUAAAGACUCCAAUGAUUCACGACAAUGGAUUUUCGUCAUUGAAAAAAAAAAAUGUUAAGGCUGUAUGUGCAAAUGAGAACAAUGUAUUGCUUCUGUUGUGGUUCAUUUUCAACAUGCUUACGUUGACGUUAAUCCUGCACCAACAAAAAAUAGGAAGUCAUGAAAUAAAUGUCAGAUUCUGAUUUCAACAAA